AUGACGCGUCGUCCAGCACCCACACCUCUGAAGCUUCACCCAGGCCCAACGCCUCCACGCAACUAUCCGAAAUUUACGAUGCCCGCCAAGCCCCAGCAGUCGUUUUACCCUUCAGCGACGCCAUGUGUACCCUAUCUGAGGCAAGAAGUCAAGUAUUUUAGGAGGCGAGGCCAUGGCCGCUCGUCGUCGUCAAGCUCAGUCUCGUCGGUCGACUUGGACGACGCCUCGCCGUCGCCGGGGACGGUGACACCGCCUACGAUGGCGAUGACAGCGAGAACGUCUGGGAUAGACGUUGCUAGCGCUGUGUCAGCUCGAAUUAUGGCCGACAUGACCCGUGGUCCUCGCACGUCGAGCGAGACACGCGGGGCGUUGUCGAUGCAACAAUUCCGGGCUCAACAACCAGCCAGGAUGGGUGCUGUGAGGAGUAUUGACAUGAUGGGACCCUGGGAACAUUCCAAGUUGCGGCUGAGCGAAGCGGAGAUCGCUGCCAUGAUCUCUGCGCCUCUGCCCGUCGUUGCCAAUCCGUGUCCGAUUAGCUGGUGA